GAGGCGGAAUGUUCAACUCCUGACUCCGGCGGAAGCGUGGGAGCAGCGCGGGCCGCCGUCCCCGACCCCCGCCGCCGCUCGCACCCGGCCCGGGAGCCAGACUGUGAGGACGCUUACUACUGUCAUUAUGAGAUGUCGUCUCUCGGCGCCUCCUUUGUGCAAAUUAAAUUCGACGACUUGCAGUUUUUCGAAAACUGCGGUGGAGGAAGUUUUGGGAGUGUUUAUCGAGCCAAAUGGAUAUCACAGGACAAGGAGGUGGCUGUAAAGAAGUUACUCAAGAUAGAGAAAGAGGCUGAGAUCCUGAGCGUCCUCAGCCACAGGAACAUCAUCCAGUUUUAUGGAGUCAUUCUGGAACCUCCCAACUACGGUAUCGUCACAGAAUAUGCUUCUCUGGGAUCCCUGUAUGAUUACAUCAACAGCAACAGGAGCGAGGAGAUGGACAUGGAUCACAUCAUGACCUGGGCCACCGACGUAGCCAAAGGGAUGCACUACUUACACAUGGAGGCUCCAGUCAAGGUGAUCCACAGAGAUCUCAAGUCAAGAAACGUUGUUAUUGCUGCUGAUGGAGUCCUGAAGAUCUGUGACUUCGGUGCCUCUCGAUUCCAUAACCACACCACACACAUGUCCUUGGUUGGAACUUUCCCAUGGAUGGCUCCAGAAGUUAUCCAGAGUCUCCCUGUGUCUGAAACCUGUGACACAUAUUCCUAUGGUGUGGUUCUCUGGGAGAUGCUAACAAGGGAGGUCCCCUUUAAAGGUUUGGAAGGAUUGCAAGUAGCUUGGCUUGUAGUGGAAAAAAACGAGAGAUUAACCAUUCCGAGCAGCUGCCCUAGGAGCUUUGCUGAGCUGUUACAUCAGUGUUGGGAAGCCGAUGCCAAGAAACGGCCAUCGUUCAAGCAAAUCAUUUCGAUCCUGGAGUCUAUGUCCAACGAUACGAACCUUCCCGACCAGUGUAACUCGUUCCUGCACAACAAGGCCGAAUGGAGGUGCGAGAUUGAGGCCACCCUGGAGAGGCUGAAGAAACUAGAGCGAGACCUCAGCUUUAAAGAGCAGGAGCUCAAAGAACGAGAGAGACGCUUGAAGAUGUGGGAACAGAAGCUGACCGAGCAGUCCAACACCCCGCUUCUCUUGCCUCUUGCUGCAAGAAUGUCUGAGGAGUCUUACUUUGAAUCUAAGACAGAGGAGUCAAACAGUGCAGAGGUGUCAUGCCAGAUCACAGCAACAAGUAACGGGGAGGGCCAUGGCAUGAAGCCAAGUCUGCAGGCCAUGAUGCUCAUGGGCUUUGGGGAUGUCUUCUCAAUGAACAAAGCAGGAGCUGUGCUGCAUUCUGGGAUGCAGAUAAACAUGCAAGCCAAGCAGAAUUCAUCCAAAACCACAUCUAAGAGGCGGGGGAAGAAAGUCAACAUGGCCUUGGGGUUCAGUGAUUUUGACUUGUCAGAAGGUGAUGACGAUGAUGAUGAUGAUGGUGGUGGUGAGGAAGAGAAUGACAUGGAGAAUAAUAGUGAAUGACGGCAGAAAGCAAUAAAAUCGAAAAUGGUUGUUUUUUUUUUUUUUAACAAACAGAAGAAAUGUAUUAUCUCAGUCUGUGCAAAAAGCAGCAUAGGGAGGCGAGCACCAAGCACUGCAUCUUAGGCCAAGCUCACAGAGGGCAGUUUCCUCAUGGGGUGACUUUGCUUUUGCAUCCAGAAAAUCGAGGCAGGGAAAUUAAGCUAAAAGCAUAUUUAUCAGCGAGUGUGGUGCCUGGUUAUAGAAAUUUGUAGUUAUAUACAUAUCACGUUCUUAAGCUAACGACCUUUGGGCCUUUCCUCUUUAAAGUGCAUACUGUGUAGUUUGUAUUUGACAAUAUCGUAUUUUCUUCACUCGGUGGGUUGGGACAAGUUCUACUCCUGACUCCACUCUGACGCUUGUUUCUUCCCCAGCACACUGAGGUUUCCUCCUUGUACAAUACACUGUAAUGGCAGAAGUGAUUGAUGACUGUAAAACCCAGUUACACAAAAAAGGCUGAGAUAAAAGAUUUUUUUAAAAAAUGCUUCUUCAGAAAUACGUAAAUGCCAAGAAUUUUCAAACCAAAUAGCACACAGCUCCUCCAAGUAAAACCCGAAUGGUGUUCUCUAGUGACAUUUGAAGGAGAAACACUCUGAUUUGAAGCAAGCAGCAGACAGCGCAAGCUUGCAUCCCCCAUGCUGGCUGGAAACAUCCUAAUAUGAACACACUGUCACCCUAGGCUUAGCUUGUCCUUUGCACAGAAGCACAUGGUCCCACAGGGACCUGUCUAGGCACGAACAGGCUGAGCACACUCUUGCUCUGAACAUCCAACAAAGACAUUCUGUUUUUUGUUUUCCAGAGGUACAUAAUAAUAAUCCUAGAUUUUAAUCUAUGUGUAGGAAAAAUGAACACUAUAAAAAGGAAAUACAAAUUAUCCUUCUUAGACACAAGUGCAUUCUGACACAGCGUCGCCCCCACCUCUUUCUUUCCUUUUCCCUGUGCUCUGUGAUGUUGGUUUGAGAAAUAAAUUCAGGUGCUACUUACCGUGAAGGCCAGGCUACCUAGAGACACUCUCAGCAGACAAGCUUAUCUCUCAAAACCUAUUUAAGCUAUAAACUCCUAUAAAAAUUACAACCAGAUCAAAGGCAAAACAAAACUAAACUCUUUAUCAGCCUAACUCAGAACUAGUGUCAUUCACUAGACAACGAAAAUGAAGCAGUUGUGGUGGGCCUUUUUGUUUAGAAGCACCAACAUCAGGUGGGUGUGUCCACAUCCUGGCACUUGGAGGCUGAGGCCGAGGGACAGGGAGUUUAGUAACAGCCUGCUUGAGCUGCCCAGCAAGACUCUGUCCCAAGAAAGGAUUAGAAGCCAUCUACUAAUCUACGAGGAUGGUCGCCUACUAAGUCUUUGGGAAUCUGAGAUGAGAUGUGCUUCUAAUCCUCCAGGAGAAUGGAAAAGUACCACCCAAAAUGAGAAGCGUACACUACAGCUUCGUCAGGGGAGAAGUAACCAGUGCAGCGUUCUAGGUGUCUGUCUGCUGGGCAGUCAUGGUCAUGACAGGAAGAGGAUCAGAAGAAGGUGUGUGACCCUGUAGCAUAGCGCCAAGCCACGGCAGGUGCCACAUCACACCGGCGACAGUUAACUGCCAAGUGAAAGGGACACUGAGAAACGAGUGGGUUCAGUAACCUUCUGGGUUAUCAAACCAUCGAUUGCAAGUGAGGCUUGCUCAGAAGUAUGAAGCUAAAAGUAGAGAGCUUCCAGGAGAAAUAGAGAGAGCAGUUCUUAGGAUGUAAAGUGUGCAAACAGAUUUAAUUCGGUUGCUCUGGGAACCUGUGCGCCGUGGCCAGGUCCACCUGUACUAGGUGUUUACGGGCAGUACGGGUACAGUCUGCCUGAGAUGGCUCCCCUCGUGCCCGUCCUGCUGUAAUCCUCUGCACAUAUGUAUUCUAGACUGGUAGCCAGGCCACUCAAACAGAACAACUUAGGGGGAGCAGAAGGGAUGCCUAGCAAUUCCUACUUCCCCAGCAUGCUGCAAGUACUUGAAGGAGACAGUGGCAGCAGAUGCAGGGUCUUAAAGCCUCUUGCACAUCUGCCCAGGAAAAAAUAAAGGCUUUUGACCAACAGGUCUACCGAGUUCUCGAGAAUAGCUAGAUGACAGCAUUUGCACUCAUGGAGUAUGUGUGCUAGUGAGCAGGAGUGCGCUGUCAGGAAAGCGUGCGUCACAGAAUGCUGUGGUUUGAAGUGCGUGCUAGAGAUUAAAGCAAGACUGGAGGAAGAGGAGGCUGGUGGGAGAGGCCUUCAAAGCGUGGUCAGAAAAGGCCUGGCUGAUGGGUACCAUUUGCAGACCCGAAGGUGAAGGGAUCUCUAUGAGGAAUGAGUUCUCCCCUAGAAGGAAGAACACACAUACGCCUCACCACCCGCUAAUCAAGAGUUGGUUAGAACAUACAAACACCAUCGAAAUAAUGUUGUUUUCCUAAAUUAAAACCUAAAUCCAUAUUCUAUAUAAAAAAUUUAGUGCAUGAAAAGCCAGCCAGAUAGUGUCACUGAGGGGAAGGUACUGGGUUCUAGCUGCAGACUUAGGUUUACCAUUACCAGGCAUAUGUCUGCCAUUUCUUAACUGCUGCUUCUUCUCCACCAAUGUUGCAGCCAUGCUCACAGCUCAGUACUCAGUCAUGGAGGACUUGGGGCAGGGCAGAACCAGCCUUGGUGAAGACCUUCCAAAGCUUCUGUCUGGAGCCAUAUAAUACACCAUUGGCUAUUUGACGUCUGCUCCAACAUGCCAGGCGUGGUGGUGCACGCCUUUAAUCCCAGCACUCAGGAGGCAGAGGCAGGAGGAUCUCUGUGAGUUCGAGACCAGCCUGGUCUACAGAGUGAGUUCCAGGACAGCCAGGGCUACACAGAGAAACCCGGUUUGGGGUGUGGGGGAAAAUUGCUCAAGCAUACCUGAAAUCUGGCUCAUAUAAACAGGAUCCUUUAGGGGUCUCACACCAUCUGUAAAAAUUACUAGAAAGCUUUAGAUUCAAUUAAUUUUAUAAAGAAAUGUCUAUUAGCCACGUGCAGAAUUUCUAAUAAUGCAGACGUGGCGCUAGCUCAGUGCUUGGAUCAGUUUUUGAAAGGACAAACGAUCAGUGUUAGAUUUCAUUCCAAAGACCUGACUUACAAAGAAACACAAUUCAGAAGUUAAAUCCCAAAACAACGUCAAGGUUCAGAAUGAGAAUUAGAACCCUAGAAUGUCUUAACAACUGUCAGCCUGACGGCUGAAUACAUCACCAGUUAGCUUUCUUUACUCAUAAAGCUGAGCAGGUAGAAUUUGAGGACCCCUGCAGAAGUUCCUAGCGGGGAGGUAAUGUCACCUUGACCGUCCAGAGUACUGCCUAGCCUGGUGGCACCCAGCUGGCCAAGGACAGCCCCACCUUGCAAAGAUUCCCAUCUGAAAUCCCCACAGCACUGUCCAGUCCCUCACACGUCUGCGAGUCCAGCUCUACUUUUCCCCCAGACAAAAUUACCCCAGCCUUUUCAGAACGCUAACAACACCUCCUGCAUUUUAGGAAGUUAUAGCUUUUUCCCAGAACCCUGGUUGUGGAAAUGAUUUCCAGUUGCUGGCAGGAACGCUCUGAAAUGACUGCACCCACCUGCGGGAGGGGUGCUGGCCCAUUAAGGAGGCUCCACAAUGGUACAGCCCGGGUGGAGACGCUGUCAUUCUGCACAGUCAGUCAUUUCAAGGGAAUUUUUUCUCAUCUUUUUUUUUUUUAAA